AUGACGAUAAUGAAAUCUUCUUAUCUAAAACUGAAAAUGAUUAAGAUAAUAUCUAUACUUUUGGUUUAUAAAAUUUUAAUUCAACUUAAAUUCAAGUAUUCACAAUCACCCUUACGUAUAGACUUAAUAAAAAUUAGAACUGGAUUUAAGAGUGUAGAGUUACCUUUAUUGGAUACAAUGCUUUUGAUAUCUAUCAUAAUAUUUGGUAUAAUCCUUUUUUAAUCAUAAUAUUUCAUUUUAGAAGAUAAUAUAAAAAAUUUACUUAAAUUUAACCACCUUUGGAUAGAAAAGUAAUAAAGAAACAUAUGCCUUCAUAAAUUAUAGAUUCAAAAAUAAUUACAGAUACUUGUUCAGUUUACUUCGUUUUAUUUGAAUUAAAAGAUAAAUAUUUUCAAACUCCUUGUAAACCUGAUUUCCACAAACUAUGUUUAAUAGAUUGAUAUUGUUUCUAAUAUUCUAUUAAAGGACAACAAAAUAAGCUAAUUGUCCAAUUUGUAGACUAGGUUUACUUGA